UCGUCGAAGAGCGGCUGGAAAUCAAGAUGGAAGACGGCCUCAAGAAGAGCGACCACUCGGCCGAGACCGCGGCCCUCGUGCCCAAGGCCCGCGCCAUGGCCGCUGCGGGGGACAUUGCUGGCGCCGUCGAAGCGCUCCUUGCCCUGGAGAAGGCUGCGCGCCUCCACAACGACCUGACCUCGCUGCAGGUGCUGGUCGUCGAGAUCCUCACGCUGCUGCACAGCCACAAGCAGUUCACGCUCUUGGUCGAGCACGUGACGCUGCUCUCGAAGCGUCGUGCACAGAAGAGCCAGGCCAUCGGCAAGGUCGUGCUCACGGCCAUGGCCUUUAUCAACGACUGCCCGACCGAGGAGAUCCGCGUCUCGCUCAUUCAGGCGCUGCGUACGGUGGCCGACGGGCGCAUCUUUCUCGAGAAGGAGCGGGCGCAGCUUACGCAAAUGCUGUCGCAGAUCAAGGAGAAGAACGGUCUCAUCGCGGAGGCCGCCGACAUCCUCCAGGAAGUCCAUGUCGAGACGUACGGCGCCAUGACCAAGCUCGAGAAGGUCGAGUUCAUCUUGGAGCAAGUGCGCUUGACGCUGGCCAAGAAGGACUAUGUGCGCGCGUUCAUUUUGAGCAAGAAGAUUUUGCGCCGCGUGCUCGAGGAAGACAAGUUUGAGGCCGUCAAGAUCAAGUUUUACCACUUGAUGAUCGAGUACGACACGCACGAGAACAACCCGCUCGAGCUCUGCCGCCACUGGCAGUCGAUCUUUUCGACCAAGACCUUGACGCCGGCCGAGAAGGCGACGGCGCUCCAGCACGCGAUGCUCUUUGCGAUCGUGUCGCCGCACUCGAACCUGCAGCAGGACAUGCUCUUCAAGCUCGCGAACGAGCCGCUGCGCCACGACCUCCCGGCCUACGCGACGCUCAUGAAGCUCUUCACGACCAAGGAGAUCAUCCCGUACCCGCUGCCUGUGCAGGCCGAACUCCAGGCCCACGCGAUCUUUGCCGACGUGAGCCGCGGACAGGGCUGGCUCGAAGACCUCCACACACGCACGACGGAGCACAACAUCCGCGUCGUCGCCACGCACUACCAACGCAUUCGCCUUCCCCACCUCGCGAGCAUGCUCGGUCUCUCGGAAGAGGUCGCCGAGGCGCGCAUUUCGGCGCUCGUCUCGUCGGGCUCGAUCUACGCCAAGAUCGACCGACCGGCCAAGAUCGUCUUCUUCCAGAAGCCGCAGUCGCCCGAAGAGCUUCUCACCAACUGGUCCUCGGACAUUUCGGAGCUCCUCCGUCUCGUCGAGACGACGUGCCACCUCAUCAACAAAGAAAACAUGAUCCACAAGGUCUAAGCGACCUCGGAACGCGGUAAUACAACACCCGUCUUGUGUGCCUCCA